GUGUUUGGAGAUGUAUUUUGUUUUUAAAAAAAUUAAACUUUUGCGAGUAAAAGUGAAAUUUCUCUUAAAAACUUAAUUUUUUUAAUAAAAAUCUAUGGGCAAACAGAUGUUUGAAGAUAAUGUUUGGACAUGUUAGCUAAAUGUAUAUGUAUAUAUUUGUGUUAUUUUGGAAGUGCGAAUUAUCUGUUUCUUUCUUUGUUGCAUUUAGAUAUUGAUGCUUGUGUAUAUGUGUAUCUGGGUUGGUGCUGAGUAUUUAUCAAUUUUUGGCUUUUGAUAAAUUAUCUGUAUUCAGUCUCUGUUUAUGUUGAGGUAACAAUUUUAUAGAUUUGUGCAGAACGUGGUUCUGAAUCUUUAAUAGGAUAAUUAGUUAUUUAUAGCAAUUUGCCGGCCCUGUAUAAGAGUGAUACUAUCAUUUUUUUUCAUUAUUUAAGGCUGAAAUUUAUGAUUUUGAAAAAAAGAAGUCGGUCUCCACGCAAUGACGGAGGCAGGAUUUUCACUCAGGGUUCAUAGUUCAAAAUCCCUUCUUCCCCUUGGCCCCAUGGGAGUUUUUGGAAAGAGAUAUUGAUCUAGGCUCUUUGAUAAGGUAUAGUUCUCCCAGCUGAUUUUGGAUCAACCUGUGGACUUCCGUUUGAUGCAUAGGUAGUACUAUUAGAUUUAGAUUCAUCAUAUUUACCGUGAUGUUGCUAAUCAGUAUAUUGUUACUAUUCAUCUCGCAGCACAUGUUAUUAAAUCAGCACGCCAUCGUAUCAAAAUUGAAUCCACAUAUAUAAAAUACUACUAAGAAGAAAUGAACUUUGGUUUCAUUGGUUUUACUACACAGGACUUUUUCAAAGAUAGCUGAACCGAUUGGGCAGCCGUGAGCUUGGAACGAUGGCAUACAUUUGACCCUUUUUGGAAGUAUAGAUGGCAGAGUUACUUCAAUUGGUCAACACUGUUAUUAUCUUGCUGAUCAAGCCUUUGUCACUGGUCAAAUUCACUUGCUUCUUUGGUGUGAGAACAAUAUGCAUUGUUAUCCAAACCUGGACAGAGCUGGUGAGAGCUGCUAUGGGUUUUCAUGCCAGGUUACUCUGGAGACUGAUAAUUUGGUCUAUUGCUAUUCUAUCCCUACCUAUACGAAGUUUAACUGCUCUACAGAGGGAAAGGGUGCUGGAGAUGCAUCUGCAGGAAAUGCAGAUCGAGUUUGAGAAUCUUGUUUGGGAAAGGAAGGAACUUGAGAAGAAAAUACUAGUAGCUAUCAAGGAUAAAAAGAUAAUGCAGGCCAUGUUAGCAGAACUCGAGGAUGAACAUGACGAUGCCAUCGUCAAAAUUGAGCAAUUGGAGGGCCAGCUUCAGAAUCUGAAAGGGGAAAAUAAACGAUUGAACGAAGUUCAUGGUAAAGCACUUUCGGACCAAAAAGACCAUUUUGAUGGCCAAGUAAUGCAAGGCUAUAGUGAUGCUGUUCCAUUUUGGAGAUCAAGUGGCAUUGAGAGCGUAGUCAUAGAGCAGGAAGGAAUGCAAGAAGAUAAAAGCAAAAGCACAAGUACGAGCCCUGAUUUUAUUGGAGCCAGAUUCUGUCGAGAUGUCAACCAGCCAUGUACUCAGACCACGUCCGAGAAUUUUGACACGAGUGAUGUGCUACACCAACGAAGGGAUCUAGCUGUUUCUCAGACCCUUUUUAGUGCAAUAUUAUCACUCUUAGUUGGAACAAUCGUAUGGAAAGCUGAAGACACAUGCAUGCCUCUAGUCCUCGCUCUAUUUGCUGUCGCUGGCAUGUCAUUGUGGAGUGUGGUCCAGUUCUUCUCAACCAUUAACAACAGACCCGCAUCUGAUGCAGUUGCUCUCUUGAGCUUCAACUGGUUUUUGCUCGGAACACUAACGUAUCCUACGUUUCCAAGGAUUACUCCUGUAUUUGCAACUGUGUUAUGGACUCUCUUGGACAGGACUGUGGAGCUGCUAGGUUUCUAAAUCUAAGUCUCUUUUGCUUUUUGCAGUCGGUAAUACUACACGCGGUUUUUGGUCCUCUUGAUGCUUGUAAAGUAAAAGUUUAUUGAAAUGUUUGUUCUUAUUUUGGUCUGUGUUGUAAAAUUCUUCUGGAAUGCGUUGGCAUCUAGAAGAACUUGGUCUUGCUUAAAUAGUUGUAUUAUUGAUGUUAUGGAUAAUAAGUAAAUGUAUAAUAUCCGUCUUUUAUUACAA